AAGGCUGCUCCACACAGACACACAGAGAUGGCUUCUGUUCUCCAGCCCCGAGAAUGUAAAGUGACGAAAAAGCCCCAAAAGACCUACGGAUUCUACCUGCGUAUCGAGAAAAACACAGCAGGGCAUCUCAUCCGGAAUGUGGAAAAGAACAGUCCAGCUGAAAAGGCUGGCUUGAAGGAUGGAGACAGAGUCCUCAGGGUUAAUGGUGUGUUUGUAGACAAGGAGGAACAUGCACAGGUGGUGGAGAUUGUCAAAAACAGCGGGAAUUCUGUUGUACUUCUUGUUCUGGAUGACGCAUCCUAUCAAAAGGCAGAAAAGGAGGGAGUGAACUUGGAAGAGCUGGGUCAAAAGGUGUCAACAGGACAGCAGCAGGAGCAGCAGUCCCCACUGCCCAUGGCCAAUGGAGCGAUCACUGCAGUUCCACAACCCUGGCUCUGCUACCUAGUGAAGGAGGAGAAUGGCUAUGGCUUCUCUCUGAAAACCACAGAAGGACAGAAGGGGUUGUUCAUAGUAGAGCUUUCAACACAAGGAGCAGCUGCAAAGGCUGGUGUCCAAAAUAACGAUCGCCUGAUUGAAAUCAAUGGAGAAAAUGUGGAAAAUGACACACAUGAGGAAGUGGUGGAAAAGGUAAAGAAGUCUGAAAAUCAUGUUAUGUUUCUACUUUCAAAUGAAGAAACAGACCACUAUUACACAAGCCAGAAGAUGGUACUGAGCAAAGAGAGUGCCAGCCUAAGAUUGCUUCCCCUCAAACCACGACUUAUUGAGAUCCACAAAGGAAAAAAUGGUUACGGCUUUUAUCUACGGAUAGAACAAAGUACUGGUGAUCAUGUAAUCAAGGAGGUUGAUUCUGGGAGCCCAGCAGCCAAGGCGGGUCUCAAAGACAAUGAUAUCUUAGUAGCUGUCAAUGGUGAGCAAGUGGAUGGUCUGGAUCAUGAAAGCGCAGUGGGAAAAAUUAAGCAGGCUGAAGCAAAAACCACACUGUUGGUAGUGGAUAAGGAGACUGACACCAUGUAUAAACUGGGUCAAAUUUCCCCCUUUUCAUACUACUACAAAGCACAAGACCCAACUCCAGCUAAAAUGGAGCAAAGAGUGGAGUUGCACACUGAGCAGAGAGUGAACCACAAGCCAAGAAUCUGCAAGAUGGUGAAAGGCCCUAGUGGAUUUGGCUUCAGUUUAAACAUGAUCAAGGACAAGCCUGGACUGUUCAUCAGUGAGGUACAAAAUCACGGACCAGCUGACACAGCAGGUGUAGAAAAUAACGACUUUUUGGUGGAAGUGAACGGAGUGAACGUGAUGAACGAAUACUACGACAAAGUGGUGGCAAGAAUCCAAGAUAGUGGUGACAGACUAACACUACUGGUGUGCAGCAAAGAUGCUUACAACUACUUCCAGGGCCAGAACAUUCCUAUCACAGCCUCUAUGGCAGAUCCAGUCCAUGACACUUCUGAACCUCCUGCUUGUACAGAAAACCAUCCAUCAGAGCGAGACAGGAACUCACCUGAACCAAGGGAAAGGGUAAGUAAUACUGCAUUAAGUAGAUGUUGCGGGAUCAUCUAGGGGAUAGCAAAAGAACUUCUUUCAGUGGAUUUUUACAAGUCAGUCUAUGUUAUUAAAAGGGAAGCUGUGGUCUGA